AUAGCAUGUUUUAACCCUUCAUUAGGGAGGUAGAAAUAUUCACUUUUACACUGUAACUAUUAUAAGGAAAUUGAUCAUAUAAAAAGUAAUAUUUACAAAGACAGAAGAGUUAACCCUUCAAUCCCCUCUUAGAAUCAUGAUUGUUAUAUGACAUGAUUCUUGAGUGAGGCUCCUUUCUUGUUCCUCCAGUUCUUGAGAUAUUGGACAUAAUCGUCGGGUCCCUUACUAUCAGAGGAGGUGACAGGACUGGUGGUUAUAUCAUAGUACAUCAGGGCCUUAUCAAUGCCUUUGGAGUAGUCCUGAAGUGAGAGCUGACUCCAGAGAGCUGAAGGGUGAAAAUGUGAGCAGGGAGACAAACAGCCACAGCCGGGGAUUACAUGCAAAGAUCUACAAGGAUUUUUAUUCUACAGUUACGGGAAACCAGUAGUUAUGGAACUGAAUUCUCUGAGACGGUUCCGAGCGAGAUUUCCGGAAAUUGAUGAUCCAUUUGUGGUCCAUAAGCAGACGAGUAGUCAAGCCGAUGCUGUGCAGCAGCCAUUCCCAGGACACCGCCUUUAAUAGGAGACCGUCCAGUAGUCCUGAAGUGAGAGCUGACUCCAGAGAGCUGAAGGGUGAAAAUGUGAGCAGGGAGACAAACAGCCACAGCCGGGGAUUACAUGCAAAGAUCUACAAGGAUUUUUAUUCUACAGUUACGGGAAACCAGUAGUUAUGGAGAUAAGAAAAUGCUGCUAACUUUCCACAAAAGAUAAAAGUGCCUGGAGGAUAUCACACACACACACACAGCACUCUCUGUGCCACCCACCAGGCUGCAAUGUGAAAUCUGAGAAUGGAGGCAUCAGGAAAAGCUAUUAGACAAGAGGAAGGAGAAGGGAAUUCUCACACAAAGAAAAUCUGUGGGGAGGACAGCAGCUUUGCAGCAUUGUGUGAGGGGCUGCCGGUGACAAGGACGGAACCCAAAUCAUACCCCGAUACAUGUUAUCCUGAACUACAUGAAAUCAACUCCCUCCAGGACACUCUACUACUGUCUCCGGGAGUCACGGCUCAGACUGUCUGCAAAUUUGGAUGGACAUAACGGGGUCAUCAUCCAGCCACUGUCACACGAGUAUCCGGAUAGGUCUUCUGCUCUCAGCAUUCAGCACAGAUUCCUGCUACGCACACUGUGGAAUAGACUGCAAGGCUUACUGCUGUGAUGGGACCUCCCCAUACUGUUGCUCCUACUAUGCAUACAUCGGAAAUGUCCUCUCGGGUACAGCGAUAGCUGGGAUUGUGUUUGGAAUCGUGUUCAUCAUGGGGGUGAUUGCAGGCAUCGCAAUAUGCAUCUGCAUGUGCAUGAAGAGCACGCGUGGCACCCGUGUGGGAGUUCUCCGAGCCACGCAUGUCAAUGCCAUCAGCUCUUACUCAGUUUCUCCACCACCAUACAGCUAUGACUAUGAGAUGGAGUAUCCUAUUGAUCUACCUCCACCAUAUACUCCCACUCCACCGGUGCCUAUGCAGUAUCCUUCUCCCCCACCGUACCCAGGACCUCCAAGGAAAUAACAUUCCGAGACUUGGACGUUUCCAGAAACACAGACGUUUCAGCAUCCUAGAGAGCAAUAGAAGAUGGUUUGUAAAGGUCUUUGGGAACUAGCGGGAGACAAAGCACAGCAACACCGAUCCCCGCAAUAUCGCAGCCUUACGCCCUGAAGUGCUUGAACUGAGGUCUUUGCCGUCAUCCUUGUCUGUCAUAGAACCAGUCAUUACCAGGCACCAUAUUUCAAGAACAAUAUUUAUUUUCUGUGCAUUUGCCAAAUGUUUUCAUAAUAAAGAUACAGUAUUAUUUUGAUGCGGGCUGAACUACAAA